UGAUGUUUUAAUAACACCAUGUGUAUAAUUCCAGUGCAGGUUAUUGGCAGUAAACAUGACUCCACUAGAACUCGUCUUGGUCUCAUCAGCACUGCUGGCCGGGCUCUGCGCUGCAGGACCACAGGUAUUAAAAGUUACAACCAUCAAGGAAGAACCAUAUGCAAUGUCCAAAGGCUCUGAACUGGAGGGCUUCUGCAUUGACCUGCUUUCAGCUAUCGCAAAGAAAUUAGAUUUUAAAUAUGAUAUUGAGCUGGUGAAGGACGGCCGGUAUGGAAUAACAGAUGACAGUGGCAACUGGAACGGCAUGAUUGGAGAGGUAGUCAGAGGGGAAGCAGACAUCGCUGUGGCGCCUCUGACUCUUACAGCUAAACGUGAGACAGCUGUGGACAUGACCAAACCCUUCAUGCAGACGGGACUUAGCUUCAUCCUAAGGAAAGACUUGGUCUCUGAUGACUCUCAGUUCCUCAGCCUUCUGAGCCUGUUCUCCACUGAGAUGUGGAUGGGUGUGCUGGUCGCCUACCUGCUGACAUCCGUCUGCAUCUUCUUAGUGUCACGGAUUAGCCCCUGUGAAUGGAAGCAACCAGAGAAAGAAGAGAAUUUCUUCACGCUCUCACACAGUUUUUGGUAUACCAUGGGAGCAAUGACUCUUCAAGGUGCUGGUCCUCACCCCAAGGCUCUUUCGGGACGGGUCAUUACCUCUAUCUGGUGGCUGUUUUCAUUAGUGCUGCUCGCAUGUUACUUCGCCAACCUCAGUUUAUGGCUGUAUUCAGACAACCAGCAGCAGUCGAUCAAGAGCUUUGAAGACCUCGCUAAUCAAAACUUGAUCGAGUACGGGACCAUUAAAGAUUCUUCCUCUUUUAACUUCUUCAGGAACUCAAACAACCCCACACACCACAGGAUCUAUGAGCACAUCAAGAAAGCCCAGAGCUAUUCACUCAAUGCAGAAGAAGGUUUCCGCAGGGCUCAGAAAGGCAACUAUGCUUUCAUCGGUGAAUCUGUGUCCCUCGACCUGGCAGUGGCGAGAUAUUGUAACCUCACACGUGCUCCAGAAAUCAUCGGCAUGAGGGGAUACAGCAUCGCCGCGCCUUUAGGCUCUCCUUUGGUGAAAAACCUAAGUGUUGCCAUUCUGCAUCUGAGUGAGUCUGGCGAGCUGGAUUAUUUCCGCAGUAAGUGGUGGGCCAACAGCUGUAUUGCAGUAAAUGGCAAGAGUGCUCCACUGAAGCCCACCAGUCUGAAGGGAAUCUUCUUAUUGCUGGCACUCGGUCUGGGACUGGGGCUUUUCUUGGCUCUGAUGGAACUGGCCGCCAAAUCACGCAAAAUUGCUAACAGUCAGCAGAAAUCCUGUUGCUCUGUGAUGUCUGCUGAACUCAGUCAGCGCUUCAGAGGUGGAGAGGCGAUGACACCGGAGUCCUCUGAGAAAAGCAAAGCCUAAAUAGCAAAGCCCCAACAAAGCACUGACACACAUGCAUUUAAUCACUUAAUGUUUAUUACAUCCACAACAAAGUUACUCACUACUAACCAGGUUGGCUGGGUGAAACUCAUGAAAGCAUUACAUUUUUGUCUUCAAAAUUGAAAAAUUCUAUAUUUCUUAAAGAGAACUAAGCCAAAUAUAAGGAAUAUUACUUCUUUUUUUAUAUAAUUGAAGAACGUUUUAAUGUCAAAUUACAAUACGUUGCAAUAUAAUAUGACCCAUGUUUCAUGAGAUUCAACCAGGUAACAGUCCAGCAUUUUAUCUAUAGACAAAAUGUGGCUCCAUAAAUUGUAUUAAGCAUGUCUAAGAAUUAGUUAAGGAUUCAUCAUUAAUAAUAUAGCUUGUUAUAUUCUUUCAUUGCAAGACCAGUUGUUACAUAGCUAUAGGGUAGUAAACACCCCAAAAGUUUGAAAACGCCCAAAAUUCUGACCGAACAUAUUCAUCAUCUAAAUUACUGAGAUCAGCCCUAUUGCUGUUUUAACAGCAAAACAAUGUUUGCCAUGAUGAGUAAAACUGUGAUAUAAGUAAAAAUGUAAUUGCAUACACAUAUGGUUGCAUUUUCUUUUACUUCUAUUAUAAAAAAAAUGAUGCAUGCAAUUUAUAUACCCAGUACCCAGAAAAUAUUAAUUUUCUUAUUGUAUGUUAAGAUAAAUUUCUUAACAAAAAUAAAAAUCUGAAAUAUGCUGCUUGCAUAUUUAA